AUGGAUCAACAAGACAAAGGUCGGGGCAGCAUUACUAACAGUGACUCUGCGAUGGUGGUAUUCAGACUCCUGAGAGAAGGGAACAAAGAGCUAACGAGGAUCUCAACCCUGGACUUGAGGAGAGCAGAAUUUGGCCUUCUUGGGCAGUUGCUUGGAAGAAUCCUAUGGGGACACAGUCCUGGAGGGGAGUCCAGGAGAGGCUGGUUUUUCAGGUUUAUGGAUGAUACCAAACUGCGGGACAUGGAUGAUAUCCCUGAGGGCAGGGCUGCUAUUCGGAGGGAUUUGUACAGGUCCAGACUGGGGACCAGUUGGCUGGAAAUCAUCUUUGUGGAAAAAGUCCUGGGUGUCCUGAUGGACAAGAAGUUGAACAUAAGGGAAGAAAGUGCCCCUGUGGAAAGGAACUUCAGCUGCAUUGUAGGCUACGAAAUAAAGCCAGAUGAAGUUACCAGACUUGCUCUUAGGACAGAAAUUAGUUUUGAAAGUGCCUGCAGAAAGCCAAAUGGUACUGCAACUGAGCGAGCCAUUGCAAGACUUGCAACACACCCCAUCCUGAAACCCAAAUUUGUUGAACUUAAAGCUGCUGUAAAAGCUUUUAAGGAUGCAAGGAAGAACCCAGCCGAAGCCACUCCUUCAAAACAGACUAAGUCAGAAAAGCAGUCUAAAUCAGCACAACAUUUCAAUAACAAUUUGGAUGACCAAGCUCUUAAACUAGCUCAAAAACAGCAAAAAUGUGAACACAAAACAAAAAUUCAUAUGAAAAUAGAAACUGGCAGGGUGGCUGAAGAACUUUUUGACAGUGAAUCUGAGCAGAAAACUGUGGAAAUGAAGAGAGCAUAUGCUCCAGUAGAAUCUUCAUUUCAGGCAGUAGAAAUGCAAGCAGUCACUCAGAAUAAAACAGGAAAGAAACCUGGCUAUCAAAAAAGGAAAGAAAAUAUGAGCAUGAACAAAUUAAAUGCAAUAAAAGAAAUAACUGAUGAUAGUGACCAGGAACAACCUAAUGAAGAGGAGUACUUUGAUGAUAGUACUGAAGAGAGGUUUUAUAACCAGUCGUCAGAUUCUGACAGCGACAGCAAUGAUGAUUUCUUCAUUGGCAAAGUAAAAAGAAAGAAAAAGGUAGCAGCAGUUACUGAUCUUUCUUCAGCAAAAGAAAAGGAUAGACUUCAGAAAAACAUAGUGACAAAAGAAAAGAAUAUAGCACCUGGGACAGCACAAGAUUUGAUCAUGGGAGAAGGAAAGCCACAUACAAAAGCAAGCAAGCUAGAAUCAAUGUUCUGCAGUUCUUUGUCUAUGUCUAAUCAGAAAUCUCAAAACAGAAGAAGAAAUACUAAAGAUCAGCCUCCCAAGCAUGGAAGAACAGCUCUUCUUAAAAAGGAACUGCAGCUCAAGAAGCAACCAUUUGCAAAAGCUGCAGGUAUCGAAUGCAAGAAUAAGAAACCAAAUUUGGAGCAGCCUCUUCAUCCGUCAUGGGAAGCAAGCAAGAGACGCUGGGAACAAGUGUCUCAAAUUACAGCAUUCCAAGGAAAAAAGAUUAAAUUUGAUGACUAG